AUGUCAACGCAUCUCUCCCUUUCUCUCCUCUUCCCUCCCUACAUUUAUUCUCAAAGAGAGUACUUAUCUCCAGCAUCAGGCUUCCAGAGUUUGCAAUUCCGACUACUGGAAAACAAGAUAGGUGUUCUUCAGAGUAUGAGAGUCCCUUACAACAGAAGACAUUAUCGUGAUAACUUCAGAGGAGAAGAUAAUGAACUGCUUCUUAAAUCUGAGCAGGAAAAAUCACUUCUGCAACUAGUGGAGGCAUGGCUGGAAAGAACACCAGGUUUAGAGCUACAUGGAUUUAAUUUCUGGGGAAAGUUUGAAAAAAAUAUCAUCAAAGGCCUGGAAGAGGAAUUUACAAGGAUUCAGGCUAACGAAGAGUCAGAGGAAAAAGAGGAACAGAUGGCUGAAUUUCAGAAACAAAAAGAGGUGUUACUGUCCUUAUUUGAUGAGAAACGUCAUGAACAUCUCCUUAGUAAAGGUGAAAGACGAAUGUCAUACAGAGCACUUCAGGGGGCAUUGAUGAUAUAUUUUUACAGGGAAGAACCUAGGUUCCAGAUCCCUUUUCAGCUGCUGACUUCUCUCAUGGAUAUAGACACACUCAUGACCAAAUGGAGAUAUAACCACGUGUGCAUGGUGCACAGAAUGCUGGGCAGCAAAGCUGGUACUGGUGGGUCCUCAGGCUACCAAUAUCUGCGCUCAACUGUGAGUGACAGGUACAAGGUGUUUGUAGAUUUAUUUAACCUUUCAACAUAUCUGGUUCCCCGACACUGGAUACCGAAGAUGAACCCCAUCAUUCACAAAUUCCUUUACACGGCUGAAUACUGCGAUAGCUCCUACUUCAGCAGUGAUGAAUCAGAAUAA